AUGAGAUGUUCCGGAGAAAACCCAUGCCAACGGUGCAUGGACAACGGCAAGCGAUGCUUCUUCUCUGAAGACCAGACGGCCGCCGAAGCCCUGCAGAACCUCAGUCGACCCACGCCUGCCCUCCAUACGCAAGCCUCAAAUACCAGCGCCAACGGCAACAGCCACAACGUACCACGAAGGAGCUUGAUGCCGUCGGAAAACGGCACCGAGCGGAGGGCGAGCGAUGCCAGCACACGCGGUAUGACCAUGGAAGCGCGCAUGGCCCGAAUUGAGGCCAUGAUGGAGGCUCUCAUGCGCGACCGAGGCCUGACCAUGACGCCAAUGGGCAGUGUGGAGCGUGACGAGAACGGCAGCGAUGCCUUCAGAGGUGACGCUGCGUUGUCUGUCCCGCCGCUGGAUCCCAUCAACCCAGCUCUCGCCUUCAUGGGACAGCCCUCGCUCUUCUCACAAGAGUCGGCAGACCCAGCAAUACCCGUCGUCCCAAGCGCCGGCUCCCCCGUCAACGGCGACCCAUCGCACCUCGUACAAGUCGGCAACAGGAAGCUACCCUUUCCUAGUCCCGCCGAUUACCAACAGUACCUAGCCUCCUUCUUCACCGACAUUCACCUGUCUCAUCCGUGCAUAGAUGAACCCGAGUUCCGCAACCGCAGCCAACACAUGCUAGCAAGCACGACCAUACCAUCAGAAGAUAGCGAGUUUCUCGCGCUGAAUUACACCAUCUUCGCAUGCUGCGACGUACUCCUCAAUGUCGCACCCAUCGACACUGGCAAGCCUAAGGGCUGGCGCUGGCUUGAAAUGGCUGACGAGCUCGUCGACAAGAGGUCGUUACUAAGCGGAAGCGGCGAUCUGACGCUGAUACAGUGCGUUCUAUUCCAGGCCCUCUACUACCAAUACGCAGACAUGCCCGGUCCAGCUUACAACACCAUCGGCGCCGCUGCAACACUCGCUUUCCAGUCCUCCUUACAUCAGCAAUCCACGUGGACAAACAUCACGACGGUUCAAGCAUAUGAGCGCAUCUGCACCUUCUGGAAUAUAUUCGUCCAAGACCGAUUUAUCUCAUUGACGUGUGGAAGACCAUACAGGAUCCACGAAACCGACAUUCAAGUCGAAGCACCUGUAGACCUCUCACAAAGGGCAAACCUCUACAAAGCCGAGGAUAAUGAUGACCCCAGGCCUUUCAUCGAUCACUACAUCCACUAUGUCAUACUCUGGGCGCGUUAUGCCAGCAAUGCUGUCGACGGUCGCAGUCUGGAUAGCACAACCCAGGAUAUCAUUGAUCGGCAGAUCUCCCACUACCUCGAUCACGACUUACCAGUACUGGGGAUGCCAUCAUACGCUCAGCGGGAUGGUGAUGGGGAUGUACCACUGACGAUGUUCAUCAAACAGAAGAAGACAGACUUCGUUCUUUGGGGGCUACGUUCCGUCAUAAUCUCCCUGCAAUACGACGACAAUCACGCUGAACACCUCAGCCAACUUGCCUGCGACACCCUCACCAGAAUGACCUUCUUUACGCGGAAAGUUCGUCAGGCAUUCAGCCUUCGGCAUCGCAUGACGUCGGCCCUGUCGAAUGCACUUCUGGUAUUUUGCUCUCUUCUCGUCCGCGACUCUGCUGGAAGGACGCAUCCUCACACCGAGGCCCACAUCGAGGCCUUCCACCGCGCUAAGGGCAUGCUACAUGACUUGGCCGUUAGUCAGCCAUAUGCGAAACGCGUCUUGUCUGAUUUUGAAGGCAUUGUGCGAGUAGUGGAAGAUUGCCUCGAUGGGAAAGAUGCUCCAGAGAAUGUCGCGGAGCUGUUUCCUUACCAGUCUUCGAGCGCUGACAUUCGUGGCGUAUUGCCAAAAGACAACGAGUAUGCAGGUUUCAUGAGCAUGAGGAGGGCCAGAUAUGACAAUGCGUCUAUGGUCCAGCAAGCGGCAAAAAAGCUCAACGAAGAAAUCAGCACGUACAUAGCGACCUACUCAAAGCCAGAGUGCCUGACGCUGGCCAAAAUGGUUCAGAGCAAACUACCACGGGAACUACGAGACAUGGUUUACGACCACUUACUACCGCGCGAAAUCUACACCGUCGGGCGCCCCGGAUACACUCGUGAGUGGCUUCAGUCCCUCCGGCAGACCAAUUGCGAUCAUCUCUUCAUGGAGGAAUACGUUCCGCUUGACGCCAUGAAAGAGAUCGGCGAGAUGUGGUACGAGGUAUCGACUUUCAUGGUCCUCGGUUUCCCUUUUGGACGCGAUCGCAACCCUAGGCAUGCUUCCGUAGGCUUUGAAUUCCUCGGCAUCGACAGUUGGGGCCUAGACAUCGACGUGCUCCAGCACGUCAAGCACCUCCACAUUCGCCUCGCUUUCAAUCGCGAUUACAUUGAGGACAACGUCAUCCAACUUGACGCCAAUCUCCGGGAAUUGCUAUACUUCAACGAGAUCAGGCAUGUCGUGAUACAAGUCCAAUCGACAGACCCGUUCUCGAGGGGGGUGAAUGGGGACGAUGUGGAGGGCUUUGUGAAGAAGUUUGUCAUGGUUUUCCCUGCCUUGGAGGCACUUAUUAGACAGGACAAGAGAGUCUCGGUAACAUUGAGAGGUAUAUUUGAUGUGGAGGUCAAGCUUGAAGAGCUGAAUGAGCGGUUUUGGCAAGGAGAGUUCCGUAAGGUCUGGUACUGA